AUGGAAGCCCUGGUUGCCAAUAUGGAUACCUCGCUAUCCAUCUCACCCAAAUCCUUCACAGCGCUUCGUACCAGAGCACGGAUCAACCUUCACCUCAAGAAGUAUGACGCCUCUGCCGAAUUCAAAUCCGCCGUAAAACACGUCACUACAGAGGGCAGUGCUUCUGAGGUUGACGUUCUUGCGCUCAAAGUUGAUCUGAAGAAGGCAGAGGCGGCGCUGAAGAGGAGUAAGAUGAAGGAUUACUACAAAAUCUUGUGGUUGACAAGGGAAUGCACGGAGAUUGAGAUCAAGAAAGCUUUUAGACAGGAGAGCUUGACUCCAUCAUCACAGCUUGAAAUCUGA